GUUGUGGGGUAGAAGCGGCGGCUUGGUUGACGCGGACGGGGGUCUGUGAGCGGCUGAGCGAUGUCGGAGCGGAAGGUGUUAAAUAAAUACUACCCUCCGGAUUUUGAUCCAUCAAAAAUCCCAAAACUCAAACUUCCCAAAGAUCGACAGUAUGUGGUCCGAUUAAUGGCUCCUUUCAACAUGAGAUGUAAAACAUGUGGAGAGUACAUUUAUAAAGGCAAGAAGUUCAACGCACGUAAAGAAACCGUACAGAAUGAAGUCUAUCUGGGGCUGCCCAUUUUCCGCUUCUACAUCAAGUGCACCAGAUGUCUGGCAGAAAUCACGUUUAAGACUGACCCUGAGAAAACAGAUUAUGUGGUGGAGCAUGGAGCAACGCGGAACUUUCAAGCAGAGAAGCUGCUGGAGGAGCAGGAGAAACAACUUCAGAAAGAGCGAGAAGAGGAAGAGCUGAACAACCCGAUGAAGAUUUUGGAAAACAGGACCAAAGACUCUAAGAUGGAAAUGGAGGUCUUGGAAAACCUGCAGGAGCUGAAGGAGUUGAACCAGCGUCAGGCCAACGUGGACUUCGAGGGCAUGUUACAGGAGUAUCAAAAAUAUGAAGAGGAUCUGAAGCGACAACAGGAUGAAGAUGAUGAGCGAGAGAUGAAGUCCAUGCUAGAAAGUGCCCAGAUAAAGAGAAUUCUAGAAGACUCUGACUCGGAUGAAGAGUUGCAUAAACCACGUUGUAAACAGAAGCCACAAGUUCCAGGCAAGCCCACGGAUAUCCUCAAUGAGAAUCCUGAACAUCAGAGUAAGAAACUGAAGCAGGAGAGUUGGGAGAGGAGUGUGGGAAAACUCGGUGGAAAGCUUCAGUUCUCUGGGUUGGUGGUGAAGAAAGCGCAAUGCCCAAAAGCAGAUUCAACGAAUUCGGGGAAGGGAAUCGUUAUCCAGAAUGGUUGCCCGACAAGCUUAGGUGCCACUGAGCAGAAUUCUGUGAGGUUGCCUGCGUCAGAAGCAUUCCCAGCUCAGUGUGUGCAAGCACAGCAGGCAUCAGCAGCCAGCAAUUCAUCCUUGAGCCUGCUGGGGGCAUACUCAGACAGUGACAACGAAGGAAGCCACAGUGAUUAGGAAUUGCAGUUGAGUAAGCCAAGGGUAGAAUUGUUUAAAGAGAUGAACAAUUCUUCGUGACAUCAUGGUGGCAGUUCGCCUCUGCUCUUGUGGAAAAACCGCAGAUCUCCGAUUUUAAAAUUGGAAUCAUAAUCAAAUCUUUCUCUGAGGUACUGGAUUAUUCCUUUUUCCGUAUUGUUAGAGGUGAAACUUCAGUAACAAAGAGAAUGUUUUGACAUUUUUUGUUAUUCAGGGGAAUUGCAGGUUUCUGCAAACAUGGGUACAAAUAAGGCUGGCAAAGUACCUCAUAUUACAGAAAUUGCAACACAGAUGGUGAUUGAUCACAACAGUGCAUUGUCUGUCUUUGUCCAUUUACCUAAAGAACUAACUGACCCAUAUCAGAGUAAGUGGUUCCUAAGUUUCUGGUGUGGUGAAUGUAUGUAAGGGGCUACUAUAUCCAAAUACUGCUACCCUGGUUGAUUAAGGAAAUCUUUCUUAUGUGUCCUAAAAUAGAACCUUUGACCAACCCAGACCCCACCACCACCCCCACCCUCAAGCACUCACCCAUUACUAUUGGUAAUCCACAAUUCCAGAGUUCAGGCUGCAGGUGUUUUACAUACUCCCAAAAUAAAAUCCAGUUUCAAACACAUUCUGUGUUGUUCUUUCUCCAGAGAUAUUGUAAGGCUUUGGAUAAUGCGGUUCUGAAGCAAUGUUAAUUUUUGAAUGAAUAGAUGAACUAUAUCGCAGGGAGGUUCUGCUUCAGGACAAAAGAGUCUAGAUCACAAUUUGACCAGAAGCUAUUAUGGUGUAAGUUUACAAAAUAAAUAUGUAAAGUGGUUGUUAUAAAAAUUGUUUGUGACAGACUGCAAAAGAUUCUCGAUAAUUAAAAGUCAUAAUGUUUAUAGAUAUAAUUACCUGUUUCUUUGAUCUGUAAAAUGUAAUAAAUAUGUAAAUAGAAUUCCUAUAAUUGAAAUAUUUCUGCUAUAUUAUUAAAUCUAGUACUUGAGCCAUGUGCUUAAUUUAAAAUGUAUGAGUGGCUGUUACAGCUGGAGGUAAUGUUUUAAUGGAUCUGUUCAGUUUUGGAUUUGCCGCGUUGUCAGACUUACUAUUUUGUAAUUUUGCAAUACAUUUUACUCUCAUUUAUUCCUUUGUCUUUCUGUUUUCAACCCAUGACUGAUAUUUUGUGUAUUUUUAAAAUGCUAAUUUUUA